UAAUUAAAAUCGGGAUCGAGGUUCAACAACGGUCUUGUUUACAAUCAACGUGAGAAGUUGACAGUUGCCGAGUUGGAUAACUUGUUAACGAGCGUAUUUCAUCAUACAACGGAAGCAUAAAGAUGUCUUUGGAACCAGAUGACGAAAGUGACAGUCCAGGUUGUGAUGUGGCUGCCAUGUUGGAACUACAGGUGUCCGAGGUGGAGAUGCUGACCAGCAUGUUCCCUGAUAAAACCGAGUUCUCCCUGGACGAUCCCACCGCAGUGAAGAACAUCCAGUCCUUCCUUGAUGGUCAUAUAAAGUACGAGUAUCUCCACAAAAGGAUAGGGUUCUCUCUACGUGUCAAUCCAGAGGGAUCUCAGAUGUCGGUGGAAUUGGUAUGUACCUUUCCUCAUGAGUACCCACAUGCUGCUCCCAAUGUAUUCACUCGAUGUUCAGACAUGAGUAAAGAAAACCACAGAAAACUCAACGAAGACUUGCACGAGUUCAUUCAGAGUUUGGACCGCGGAGAAAUAUGCAUGUUCUCAGUGAUUGAGUGGAUUCAGAGCAAUAUCGACAAUUACGUUCAACCCGUGGAGGUGGAUGAUUCCACUUCAGAAAAAGAGGUGCAAUACGAUACAAUAUUAUCAAGACUGUGGAUUUAUAGUCAUCAUAUCUUCAGCAAAUUCAAGAGAAGGGACAUCAUAGACUGGGCAGAAGAACUGAAAUUAACCGGAUUUAGCCUACCUGGGAAGCCAGGUGUGAUCUGUGUGGAGGGGUACAGUCGGAACGUGGACGAUUACUGGCAUCGACUACGCGGGAUGAACUGGAAGAGGAUCGUCAUAAAAGAGAAAGAGGAGACAGACAUUGGGGAUGAUGACAUUGACAAACACAGAAAGUUUUCCAACUUUGAGGAAAAGGUGUUCAAUGUCCGUGGUGGCAAGGGGAGGGAGUAUCACAUGGACUUUGGACAGUUACACUCGUAUCUAGAGGAACAUCAGAGUGGGCAUUUAUUUAGCAUUUACUUUGGGGUCGAUGGUAAAAGUAGCUGAUGUACCGGGUACAUGGAUAUUUAUAUAGUCUAUAUGUUUUGAAGUACAUGUAUGAAUAAAUUAUGAUCAUUAGAAUUCAUUUCAUUUUAUUAAAUGAAUUAAGACUCAUACACUAUUUUAAUUUUUCGUUCAUCAAAGAAAACAUGGAAAUUAACCAGAAAUACUGUAUAUGCUCUGUAUUGAAAUUAUCUUCAGUCACAUAAAAUUGAACUUGAACAAUUUAAU